AUGGCACAGCAGCUCCCAGUGCGGAACACGUUCAUUGAGGUGAGAGCCCCAGCUGUCAUCCGGCCGCGAUCACAGACAGAUUUCGCUCCAGGUCCUGGAAGCCCCGUGACGAAGGGUGUAGGUGCUCCCGUGCUUGCUGCGGCAGCCGCAGCUCCAGCAGCGCCACCUGUCGCGCCAGUCUCCGCAUGUGCAGUGUCCAGCAUCGAGACCGCCGCAAGCAGGCGCUGCUCUGUGAUUCGAACGCCAGAUGUCUUGUUUCCUCGCACUCCGCUGGGAUCCGUUUCAAUGGAGCCGCCGCAUGGGUUCGCCUUGCCACAGGCUCUAGACGAACUUCAGAGGCGAAGGACAAGUACACUGAGUUCUGAGGCAGCUCGCGUGCAAACUAGUCAUUCAACGACGACGCGCAGAAGCUCCCUCGACAUGAUUCCCAGUACGCCUGAUAUGUACUACAGUUGGCCUGUGGACAUGAACCCGGCAGCUUUCAUGCUGCCUAGUGCUGCUCCUCCGGGACAGGUGGCGGCCGCACCAGCGCCUCUCUCGACGCAAUGCACAAAGCCGCAGGCACAAGCGGCGCAAGCUGGGGCUGUCGGCGCUUCCGAACGUCUUUCGAAAGCCCCGGCUCCUCUUGGAAACCCUUCCGUCACGCCCGUUUCCUGGGAGACAUAUGCGGCACCGGCACCACCGGCACAUGCACCUUUACUGGUUCAAGACCAGAAGCCACUUCACAACAUGCCAAUGUGGCCUCCCGGACACAUACAAUCCACGUUGCUGCCAAGCAGAUAUCCCAUGCAGCAUCCACAGCAAGUCUUGGUCCUCUCCAAUUUCCUGCAGGAGGCGCCUCCAAAAAUGGACGAGCUGUCCGCUGCGCACGCAGAUUCACAGCUCUAUGAUUCCUCGGCAUUGCAAGCUGCCAGUGGUGUCACAACGCUGAUGCUUCGAAAUAUUCCGGUGACCUUCAAUCGGGAGGCACUCUUAGCAGAUUUUGAUGCAGCUGUAGCAAGAGGCAAAUAUGAUUUUUUCUAUCUGCCGAUCGACUUCCAGACUGGAAACAAUCUGGGGUAUGCUUUCGUGAACUUUGUGUCGCCGGUCUUUGCUGAACAGUUCCGGACCGUCUACCAGGGAUUGGCGUUGGCCGGCGAAAGAAGCAAGAAGAUAUGUGCGGUUGCACCUGCGACGACUCAAGGGAGGCUUGCGAACGUUGAGUAUUACCGCAACAGCCCCGUCAUGAGCAUGGAGGAGAAGUAUCAUCCUUUGGUCUUCGAGAAUGGUGUAAGACAGAAGUUCCCAGCCCCGACCAAGGCUGUGAAGCCAAUCCGCUUCAGAGAAAGCAGAGGGAUACAAGGUGAGUGA